AUGGAUUCCUCGCGUGAAAUUCCCACCUCCCAGACCGCCAUCAUUCAGCACGAAGGUGGAAACCUUCGCAUUACACCAGGCUUGCCCAUUCCCGACCUCGAACAAUGUCACAUAUUAGUCAGGGUCGCGGCAGUGGCCCUGAAUCCUUGUGAUUUUAAAAUGCCCCUGCGGUUUCCAACUCCGGGUCUAUGGGAUGGUUGCGACUUCGCAGGUACCGUCGUUGCUGUUGGCAGCCAAGUCGCCGCGGAUGGUAGAUUUCAGCUUGGAGACAAAGUGUUCGGGGCUGUUCAAGGGUCUAAUCAAUCUGAUCCGACAUCGGGUGCAUACUGCGAAUACCUCAAAGUCGAACAAGAUUUUGUUUUCCGUAUUCCAGAAAGCAUGUCAUUCUUGGACGCUCCAGGAAUUUCCGGUACAGGGAUCGCAACGCUAGGCGUUGCUUUGUUCUGGUCGCUGCAGAUACCGGGGAGCCUUGACGCACCUUCGCAAAACCCAGUUGACGUUUUGAUCUAUGGUGGGAGCAGCACCGUUGGGCUUCUUGCAAUUCAGAUGGUCAAAUUGUCUGGUCACCGGGCCAUAACAACCUGUUCACCCAAGAACUUCGACCUCGUACGUUCUUACGGUGCGGACCUCGUUUUUGACUACAAGUCAGAGAAUUGCGCAAAAGAUAUACGAGCGGUAACCAAAAAUACCCUUCGGUAUGCGCUUGAUCCUUUCGCCGAGGCCAAGACUGUUCGUCUGUGCCAGGAAGCGAUCGGUCGCACUGGCGGAAGAUACUGUGCCUUGGAACAAUAUCAGGAGCAUCUUUGCGUCCGGAAGACGAUUAAGAAUGAUCUUGUCAUGGGAGGUGCCAUUUCUGGCAAAGGUGUGCAGUUGCCGGAGCCUUAUGGCAUCCCCCCAAGGCCGGAGAUUGGAGACUGGGCUCGGACUUGGUACAGGGUUGUCGAGACACUGAUUCACGAGGGUAAGCUGAGAGGGUGUCCCGUCAGAGUACUUUCUGGGAGGUUUCAGGGUAUUCUGAGUGGGCUGAAGUUGUUGAAGGAUGGAUCUGUGUCUGGUGAAAAGCUAGUCGUCUCCUUGGAAGAUGUGUGA